AGUUUAGCGUCUCAUCGUUACCCUCAGUAUGUCAGUCGACCCUAAGAUCAUGAAGGCCGCUAAGAAGGAGGGCACUAAGGCCGGUCACGAUAUCGCUGGUAUGUCUGCUAUGGGCGGCAUGCAGUUCUUCGUGAAGGCUCUCUCGUCCGCCGAGGGUGAUAUGGAGGCUCUUCAGGCUGCCGUCGCUGAGAUGAACAACGAGACUGCCGAUCUUGGAAUCAUGUCCAUCUCUGAUGGAACUGGCAAGGUCGCCAUUCACUGCCGCAUCCCUGCCGCAAAGACCGAGACCGUCUCGGCCAAGGACUGGGUUGAGGCAUCGAUCAAGAGUCUUGGUUUUGAGGUUGCCCCUGAAGCCACUGCCGAGCUAGUUGAGAUGACUCUCAUCCCCAAGGAGGGUCAGUUCCCCAUCAAGAUGAAGGAUGAGAUCAUCGGCCAGGCCUUUGAGUUCCUGAAGGCUAAGGGACUCUUCCUCGAUGAUGACGAGUCUGAUGAUGAGUUCGUUUUCGGUGAUGAUGAUCUUGGAUCUUUCUAAACGUAAACGAGAUAUUCACCUGGCAAACUUGCUAAGUCGAUUUCCAUCGUUAC